UUUUGCAGGCUAAGCGCUCUUGUUCAGAAUCACAGUGUAAACCUCUGCAGGAGCCUAAGAUCACAAGUUCAGAGAAGCUUACCUGCCAUCUAAAGGUGGAAUCGGGGAACAGUGAAGUGGAUGUGAUUAACACAGAGGUCAAUGACAGUCCCAUGGAAACACCCUCCUCACCAUGUGAGAACUAUUUAGAUGUAAACAGCAACAUCUUGGUUGUGCACAAGGAACCUGGUGGGGAGAAAGCAAUCAACAAUGCAGCACAUCAUAAGAAAUCUUCAGAAAGAUCCAAAAGUGAAUCAAAGAGUGCAAAAGACAAGAAGCACCAUGAUGGCAAACACAAGAAGAAGGAGAUCAAAAGCAAAGAUGUUCUUGGCACUCUUAAAGAGGAGCUGGUGGACUGCCCAGUUCAAGAGAAUAAUCAGCAGACAGAGAACACCCAGGCUGAAGGUAAAGCUUUGAAGAUGGAGUCAGGGAGAGAUAGGAAGAGCAAUACAAACAAAACCCACAAAGAGAAAGGAGCCAAGGACCAGGGUGGGAAGAGGGGACGCACAGAGAGCAGUAAGGAUGAGAAAACUGAGAAAGGUGAAGCAGAGGGGAAAUCCAGCCAUAAGAAGAAACGGAAAAAGGACAAAGCAGACACAGAUGAACCUAAAAAGAAGAAGGGGAAGCUGGAGGAGGAGAGCAAAAUACAGAAAUCUGACAGCGAGGAUAAAAAAGAAGAGGUCAGACAGUGGAAGUGGUGGGAAGAGGGACAGUCUCUUGAUCGGCAAAAAUGGAAGACCCUUGAGCACAAAGGCCCACUGUUUCCACCGGAAUAUGAACCAUUACCCAAAAAUGUGUCUUUCUAUUACAAUGGAAAGCCUGUCAUACUGAGUUUGGCUGCAGAGGAAGUGGCUUCAUUCUAUGCCAAGAUGCUGGACCAUGAAUACACCACCAAGGAAACCUUUCAGAAGAACUUCUUUGCAGACUGGAGAGAGGAGAUGACAGCAGAGGAACGGGACCUGAUCCGAAAGCUCUCAAAGUGUGAUUUUCAAGAGAUCCAUAAAUACUUUGUGGACAAAGCAGAGGAGAAGAAGGCCAUGACCAAAGAAGAGAAACAGGCUCUGAAGGAGGAAACGAACAAGCAAACGGAAGAGUAUGGCUACUGUCUCCUGGAUGGCCACCGCGAGAAGAUCGGCAACUUCCGGGUGGAGCCCCCGGGACUUUUUCGUGGCCGCGGGGAACACCCCAAGAUGGGCAAACUGAAGAAGAGGAUCCUGCCAGAAGACAUCACUAUCAACUGUAGCGAAGACUCCAAGAUCCCUGUGGCUCCCAAAGGCCACAACUGGAAGAAGGUCCAGCAUGACAACACAGUGACUUGGCUGGCCUCCUGGGUGGAGAACGUGCAGGGGAGCAUCAAGUACAUCAUGCUGAACCCCAGCUCCAAACUCAAGGGGGAAAAGGACUGGCAGAAGUACGAGAUUGCUCGUAAACUCAAACUCAAGGUGGACAUGAUCAGACGGCAGUAUUGCAGCGACUGGAAAUCUCGGGAAAUGAAGAAGAGGCAGAGAGGCGUUGCUGUGUACUUCAUAGACAAGCUGGCCCUCCGAGCUGGUAAUGAGAAGGAGGAGGGCGAGUCGGCGGACACUGUGGGCUGCUGUUCCUUGCGCGUGGAGCACAUCACCCUGCAUGAGGAGCUGGACGGCCAGGAGAACGUGGUGGAGUUUGACUUCCUGGGCAAGGACUCCAUUCGCUACUACAAUAAAGUGCCUGUGGAGAAACGCGUUUUCAAAAAUUUAAAGUUGUUCAUGGAAAACAAAAGCCCAGAGGAUGAGCUGUUUGAUAGAAUCAAUACUACCUACCUAAACAAAACCCUGAAUGAAUCCAUGACAGGGCUAACGGCUAAAGUGUUCCGAACAUUCAAUGCCUCCACCACUCUACAAGAUCAGCUGAACAAACUGACCAGUGAUGAUAUGUCUUUGGAGGAGAAGAUCCUGUCCUACAAUCGUGCAAAUAGAGCGGUGGCCAUACUCUGCAACCACCAGAGGGCAGCCCCGAAGACCUUUGAGAAAUCUAUGCAACUCCUCCAGGAGAAGAUUGCCCAGAAGCAGGAGAAACUGGAUAAAGCGAAGAAGGAGCUAAAAACUGCACAGACCCAGCACAAGGUCGAAAGAACUGACAAGUCCAGAAAGCUAGUAGAAAAGAAGGAGAAGGCUGUGGAGAGGCUGGAAGAACAGCUGAAGAAGCUGCUGCUUCAGAUGACCGAUCGAGAGGAGAACAAGGUCAUUGCACUGGGGACAUCCAAACUCAAUUACCUGGACCCCAGGAUCUCUGUGGCCUGGUGUAAAAAGUUUGGUGUUCCAAUUGAGAAGAUUUACAACAAAACCCAAAGGGACAAGUUUGCCUGGGCUAUCGCCAUGACUGAUGAGGAUUAUGAGUUCUAAUGUUCAAGUGUUUUGGUAGCUGUGAUAUAGGGGAGGUAUAGAAUGCACCUUCUUCCAGAAAAAUGUAAAAGAUACCUACCAUCUUGUCCCUGUCUGCUGUUUUUUUUUAUUUGUUUUUCUUUUACUUUUGUUUUCCUGUUAGACGGCUGAAAUUAAUGAAGCGUUAUUUUCUCUUAUAGUUGAAUUGGGUUUGUUGUUGUCAAUCCUGUUUAGUGAAGUAUUUAAAAUACUGGUCUCAUACCCAGCAGGAAAUCAGUGAUAUUUCAUCAUUUGUAGAGAUCUAGACAUUUUCCCUGCCAUGACACUUUGCUCUUAAAACGAUUUAAGUGCAAUCAAGCUGUACACAGAAAAAUAAAAGGGCACUGUAUCUUUUCUAAAAACUGAAGGCCGGUGAAUAAUGGUCUGGGUCAUUGCAUCUUUGCAUUGCAUUCAGGCUGGCACAUGACGGACGAUUCCGCAAAAGAAAUGGUGCCGGAGCUGAUGCAUUGCCGAGAUGAAACAAAAAUUAAACAACCUGACUGAAGGCCGUGCUUCUGUUUCAUUUCCCCGUCAAAAUGUUUUGUUUUUGCAAGAUCUUAUGGUAGAUAUUCUGGGGAAAGAUAAGACUACAACGUGAACGUAAUCUGAUAAAUCAGUAAGAACUGUUAUCAUAAUUACAGUGAAUCCGGGCAAGACGGAGCUAUUGGUUGAGUAAUUUUUUUCAGAAACAGCUUUUUAAUCUGUAUUCAGACAGAAUUCUCCAGCUAGCUAUGUACUGUGGUUGAUGAGGAGCUAAGUGUUGGGUUAUGUGGAGAUGGUUUACUGUAGUA